AGCAUUUUCGCCAUCAUAUGUCUCUCUGUGGCUGCGGCGAGUGGUUAGAGCGCAAAAUCACGAUUCGGUAGAAUAGCCUAUAUUCGAAUACAAAUCAAACGGCGUAAAGCGGCCCGUAAGCCUACAUAGGCUAAUGGACUACAUUCGCUUACACCACUAGACGUUUUACCAGGGCCUCUGUUUUGGCGGCGCACAAAGCAAUGUGGAGCAAAUAAAGAUCGUGGUGACACUGAGACUCGAGAAUUUAGAGAAUGGGCUGUGUGCAAUGCAAGGACAAAGAAGCAACUAAACUAACGGACGAGCGCGACACCAGCAUCUCGCAGAGUGCCGGCUACCGCUAUGGAGCCGACCCCACACCGCAGCACUACCCCACCGGCUUCGGCGUCACCGCCAUCCCCAACUACAACAACUUCCACGCGCCGGGCAGCCAGAGCAUGACCGUCUUCGGAGGGGUCAACUCCUCCUCGCACACCGGGACCUUGCGCACCCGCGGAGGAACAGGUGUCACUCUGUUCGUGGCGCUGUAUGACUAUGAGGCGCGCACUGAGGAUGACCUGAGCUUCAGGAAAGGAGAGAAGUUUCAGAUCAUCAACAGCACGGAAGGGGACUGGUGGGACGCGCGCUCUCUCACUACGGGCGGAACCGGCUACAUUCCUAGUAAUUACGUGGCCCCCGUGGACUCCAUCCAAGCCGAAGACUGGUACUUUGGCAAGCUGGGCCGGAAGGACGCCGAGAGGCAGCUGCUGUCCACAGGCAACCCCCGAGGCACCUAUCUCAUCCGCGAGAGUGAAACCACCAAAGGGGCCUUCUCUCUGUCCAUACGGGACUGGGACGACGUCAAAGGCGACCACGUGAAGCAUUACAAGAUCCGCAAACUGGACAGCGGCGGCUACUACAUCACCACCCGAGCGCAGUUUGAGACGCUGCAGCAGCUGGUGCAGCACUACUCAGAGCGGGCAGCAGGGCUGUGCUGUCGCUUGGUGGUGCCCUGCCACAAAGGAAUGCCCCGUCUGACCGACCUGUCCGUCAAAACCAAAGAUGUGUGGGAGAUCCCGCGGGAGUCGCUGCAGCUCAUCAAGCGUCUGGGGAAUGGGCAGUUUGGGGAGGUCUGGAUGGGCACGUGGAACGGCACCACUAAGGUGGCGGUGAAGACCCUGAAGCCGGGCACCAUGUCCCCCGAGUCCUUCCUGGAGGAGGCCCAGAUCAUGAAGAAGCUGCGGCACGACAAGCUGGUGCAGCUGUACGCUGUGGUGUCCGAGGAGCCCAUCUACAUCGUCACCGAGUACAUGGGCAAAGGAAGCCUGCUGGAUUUCUUGAAGGACGGAGAAGGACGAGGGCUGAAGCUGCCAAACCUGGUGGACAUGGCUGCUCAGGUGGCCGGGGGGAUGGCCUACAUCGAGAGGAUGAACUACAUCCACAGAGACCUGCGGUCGGCCAACAUCCUGGUCGGGGACAACCUGGUGUGCAAGAUCGCCGACUUCGGCCUAGCCCGGCUGAUUGAGGACAACGAGUACACGGCAAGGCAAGGUGCCAAGUUCCCCAUCAAGUGGACAGCCCCAGAGGCUGCUCUGUACGGCAAGUUCACCAUCAAGUCAGACGUCUGGUCAUUCGGCAUCCUGCUCACCGAGCUGGUGACCAAGGGACGAGUGCCCUACCCAGGCAUGAACAACCGUGAGGUGCUAGAGCAGGUGGAGCGUGGCUACAGGAUGCCGUGUCCCCAGGACUGCCCCAGCUCCCUGCACGAGCUCAUGGUCCAGUGCUGGAAGAAGGACCCCGAGGAGCGGCCAACCUUCGAGUACCUGCAGGCCUUCUUGGAGGACUACUUCACCGCCACCGAGCCCCAGUACCAGCCCGGAGACAACCUUUAAGCCCAGCAGCGCUCCCGUGCGCCGCCGCCGCGCCACACCAGGCCCACACCCCAACCCCCCCCACCCCCACCCCCACCCGCCAGCCCCGCGCUCAGGGCCUGGACAGGGCCGGGAAGGACUACCGAUCGCCCUGGAACAAUCCCGCCAGCUCUCCCCAAAACCUGCCCUGCCUGCGGGGACAUGUGUACAGAGUCCGCAGUCCUCCAAACCGCCUCUCCACUAAACUCUCAGCUGUCAGAGUACUGACACACACACACACACACACACAUACACACACACACAAAUACACACCCUCUCUGACUAGGUGAAGGACUAUGGACUAGAGAAGGCAGGAUUUCUCAUCUGGCCAGAAGACUGGGGAAGGUGGGGGGAGAUGUGAUUUUGGGGGUGGGGGAUGGGUGGAUUUGCAAGGCAAGGUUGUUGUAUUGAGUGUAAAUAUGAACUGAUUGUUUGCUUAACCUCAUAAGUUCUUGUUUUGUUUCAGUUGGCCUGUUUUAGUUCUUUUGUUUUUUUUGUUCACCUUCAUGUUCUCUCUGCCAUAAGUCAUUUGUCUUCUGCAAAAUAAUUAUAAUCAGAAUAAAUGAAGUAAUUAAGAUUAAUCGAAAUAAUUCAUAAAGUAAGCACUGGAGAUAGACACAAUACUCUGGCGUUGAUAGCACAUAGAGAAAAGCUUAUUUUCUUGACUUUGUUAUGUUUUUAAACCUGAUAACACAUGGGACAACUUUUUGAGGAAUGUUGCAGGGCAGUAUUCCUCAUUAUUAUCAUGGUUCUGACAUGUUCCCGUUAAUAUUGGGCAACCGCUUUAAUUUAAUUUACGGUAAAUUAACGGUAGGCAAAUCAUCAUGAUGGUCAAUCACAAUAAGUGAAACUGUUUAUGUGGUUGCCCAGCAACUUGGCUAAAAAGGUUGCCCCAUGUAUUAUCACAUUUAGAAGUUGGAUGGAACUAUCCACAAACGGUCCUCAAAUUCCUCUUUUUGAACAGAAAAUGUGUACAAUGGAAGGGCAGAUUCUCUUGUAAGUUUAGUGUCUCAAUGUAUUAAUUCCUUAAAAAAAAAGAUCAUCUCAUUCACAGGCUUCGGGCAAGCAUGAGGAGGAAACUUUGUUUGGCACUGCCUCUGAAGAAGCUAGUUUUAGUUAGCCUAACUUUUUCAUCCAUGUAAAGUAUGUGUCCUCUUCAGACGUAAUAGUUGUAAGGCUAAUGCUGUAACAGAGUUAUUUUACAAGCAAUUUAUGUUACAUUUUUGUAAUUACAGCCAAACAUGUAAUAAUGAAACAUUUGAACAUAUCUCUUUGCGCUUAUAUUGCAAGGUUUGAACAUUUUUACCCAAAAACGACCAGUACAGGUAUUUAGUGUCAACCAGAGCGACAUGUUUGUUUAAUAAGAAAAAGACGUGUCCACAAUAAGUGUCCACUUAUUUGACCCUGUAUGCAGAGCACCGUAAAGCAGCCAUUCCGUUGCAUCUCAUAUGUCUUUCUCCUUGCGUGUGACGCCAUGUAGCGUUGAAGAAAGGUCACUGUUUUCCCUUCACCCUCUGUCUGCAGCGGGCGAGACUGAAGUGGGUAUGUAGGGCAUGGGGGUGAUGAAGGACCCCGCCCUGCCCCACCCUACCACACCCUCCCAUGUCCCCCUCAUGUGCACCUCAAUAAUCACCAAUCACUCUGGGCCUGUAUGCAUAGCACUUCCACAACCUUCUGCCAAUCAUGUCUGAACCACAUCCUCGUAGGGAUUUUUUUUUUGUUUUGUUAUUGAAUCUUUUACUGACCCGGAUGUUAUUCAGUCUUAAUUCCUAUAUUUUAUUUAACCAGUAGGUGGAUAAUGAGUUGGCUGAGAAUGGCGCAGCAACCAUACUCAUCACAUGUGACCUGUGUGCCCACUGGGAGCUGGUCUGUGAAUCAGAAUCAGAAUAUGUUUCUUAAAAGAUCUUUUGUUUGUUCAGUUUUACAUUAUGGUUAAGAAAGAAAUGUCAGUAUUCUUGUUCAUUUUCUCCAUUCCCAUGUUUUAACAUGACCAUUUUGGUUAACUCAUUGAUUUGCCAUUUGACAAUAAAAAAAAAAAAACAAUAAGCAUUUUA